AUGCAUUUUUAUAAUUUUUUUAGAGUGGGGGGGGUCGUAUGCCCUAUAUACCAUAUGGGCUUCCUAUGUAUGUUAUUACAUCAGAAAUUAACCCACCAAAAGAGGUUAAAAACAAUUAAUAACAUUGGGUUUGAAGCAAUAAAACUAAUGAUAGCAAUAAAAGUCAAUAGAACCCCAUUCAUGAGUAUUUAUUCAAUGAACAGGAUUCUCCCACUCUUUUGCAUUGCCAAGAAUGGAUUGCUAGCUAUAUUUAUGAUGCAUUGUAUUUACCAAAGAGUAUUUCCUGUGAAAAAUCAUAAUAACAAACAAGAAUCCUCUUUUGACGCGUACGCGGGUCGCUAG